UUCUUCUAUUUUUAAUUCCUCUUCACUUUAUAAAAAAAAUGUCAAAAUGUCUUUAAACGAAAGCAUUACAAAAGUGUCACCUUUAAUACAGUCAUCAAAUGGGUCUUCCAUUGAUGAUCUUCUUGUAUCUUGGCAAAUGGAAGAGGAUCAUGAAAAAAACAGUCAAUGCGACAAAACUCCCAUUCACUCAAACGAUUUCAAUUGGAUGAAUUUUCUUAAAUUACCACUUUCUUCGAGCGAUUCCGACACUUCCGAUAAAAAUACGGAUUCUCAAAAAAAUAAUGCAAACCUUCAAAUUAAGGAGGUUUCAUUAAAAUCCAGCUUGGAGCCAUUAUCAUUAUUUUCUUGCGAAUUCAAUCAACCUUCUUCAAUUCCUUUUCAUACAAGUCUAGGCAUUCCAUCACCGCAACCAAAAGGUAUUCCACGUGGUCAUAUCAAAUUACCUGAGUGGUUUCAAGAACCACAGAAUUCAGCUGAUAUGCCAGCCUUUUUAAGGAAAUUACGUGCCCGGUAUAUCCAUAUUCACAGGCGACUCCAUUUUUUAAAUAAUGAAAAACUUUCUCUUCUUUCUUACCUUCAGAGGUGUUUUUCUUUAACGUUUUCUCCUUGUUAUUUACUUUUUAUUAUUUCUAGUAAAUUUCAAAACGUUAGUCAACUUGACGCUUUUGUACAACCAAGCUGUCACCAAGUUCCUUCUGUCUCUGACACACUUCCUAAAGAACCAAUGUGCCACCCAUUAGAAAUCCCAAAUGCCGCAAUGGAGUCACCUCAUCAAGCUGAGUGUCAUUUAAAAGAACAAUCCUUCUUUGAUUUGGACACUUCUUCUCAAUCAUCAACUCAUGCUCAUCAUGCUUCCCUGUUAACUUGUUCGAAGAAGGUGACUCGUAUCUGUUUAACGUUGAAAAAUUCUUCAUACCCUUCUUGAGUUGUCAAUGAUCUUAGUCAAUUUCUCCAAAGCCCUCUUCUUUAGAUGAAAUCUCACCAAAUUUUCAGACGCCACUCGUCUCAGACCAGUUGUUACAACAAAGCCUCAACGCUCAAAAUACUUCUUUUUGUUCGACAAAAUUACAGUCUGUUAAAGUAAAGAAUUUGAGGAAAAAAAAUCCUACAACAAAACAACCAAAUAAAACAAAGCGGAGAACACCCACAACGGUAUGUGCUUACCCUCAACCUUCGACCGAUUCUUUCCCUUUAUCUUACUGGACUUCGUUACCAACAAAUAUUCUUCGUUUAUGGAUGAGUUUUUUUGGUAUGAAGUCAACAAAAAGUUCUGUGAGUCGUUCUUCUAUUCUCUGCUCACUUUCUAAAAUUUCACAAUAUAUUUCUCUUGAUGCAUCCAACCAUUCGGUUGGGUAAGGUCACUAAAGAGCGUACUAUCCAAUCCAUAUAGUUUUUCGUUACUAGUGUAAUGAAAUCAGAGCAAUUGACCCGUUUUGUUUUACAACAAACUUUUUUUUUGCUUGAAUACGAAUAUUUUUUUGAUUGAAACAUGCACGUCGCUACCGUAAUUUCAUUGUCAAUAAGAACAACAAUGCAAGCAUUUCGUUUAAAAAAAAAGUUUAGUUGUACGUUGUGAUGAUUUUUCUGUAUUGAAAAUUUAUUUUUUUGAACACGACUUGGUGUAUUGUUAGUUUUUUUUUGUUUUACGUCUGUUUGAUCUGAUUUAGUCCAGUUUUUCUUUCUCUAUUCAAACCUGUUCCAACAUUGAAAGUGUGUGAUUUUCAUUUCUUCCUUGACCGAAAACAUGACAUUUCAUAACCGUUCUCAUGAUUGUGUUGUUUCAGUUGAUCCUCAAUCUUCUGUGUCAACAGCGUCCUUUUCUCAUUUAAAUUCAAUCAGCAACGUUGUCGUCAGUCGAUCAGGACGCAAAUAUAUUGAAGAUAGUAUCUUGGCGUCAUAUCGUUUAGACGGAAGAAGCUUACUUGAUUUUCGACCUGUAUCAAUUGACAAAAACGUUUUACCAUCCUUCAACGGAUCGGCUCACGUUGUUUCUUCAAAUGCUGAAUUGAUUGCCUGUGUGAAAACCGAAAUUCAACCUUACACGAAUGAUUCUCGAAAUCAACCGUUUGUUACUUGUGAUGUCGACUGUUCACCAAUAACAAAUUUAGCUGAAAAAUAUGAAACAAGUCACAUAACAUCUCGAUACUUAACACAGCUUGUGAAUUCUCAUAUUUUGACUUGUUUCGCUAACGAUCGGAAUUUCGUUAUUGAUCAACAUUUUUUUUGGAAAGUCUCAAUAAAUGUUUUGGUUUUAAAUGGUGAAGGCGAUUUAUUAGAUAUUGUCACCGUGGGUAUAAAAGCUGCUCUACUUGAAACAUCGUUUCCACAUAUAACAUGUGUUCGAACACUUAAUGAUAUCACAAGAGAAGAGACGAUGGAUUUCGUCGUAGAUCCCAGACCUGAAAUAGGUACACCGUUUCCCAUUGACUCUCUUCCAAUCUUUGUGACUGCUGGACAAAUAUGCUCCCGUUUCGUCUGGGACUUAAGCCCUGAAGAAGCUGUUUGCUCUCACGUCCGCAUUUCUGUAGCUGUGAAUUCAAAAGGUCAAUGUUUCGGCAUGCAUAAGACAGGAACUUCAACGUUACCUUUAAGUUCAAUUCUUCUUGCCAUUCAGAAUUCUUGUCACAUUGGAACCAAAAUUCAUUUACUUAUUAAAGAAAAAGUCAACUGCAAUUAAAAUUGUUCAUUUGAUCCCUUUUGUUGUGGGCAAUAGAAUUGUUUGACGUCCCUUUAAUUAUUUUUUUUUCGUUUGUUCGUGUCCAAUACAAAGAUAUACAAAUAACAAGAAGGAUGAAGAAAAUAUAAA